CAUAAGCUGCAAACCACAGGAUGCAAACCCUAUUGAUCCAGGAAGCCAUUGAAGACCCCUGCAAGAGCUAGAAACAAGAGUGGAAAACCAAACCGAAAAAUACCAUUUGAGCGGAGCACCUUCAUUUAUCCUCUUUCUUCUCCUUAAAAAAUAAAAAAAUAAAAAAAUAAAAAAAUAAAAAAAUAGCUUUCAAACAAAAGCCCUUGUGGGGGUCAUGAUCGCUUGCUCUCCGGCCGUUCGUAAUCGUCACCAUGAUCAACACGGCCAACGGUAUGAUGUCAACGGCUUCAUCGGGCGGCAACACGCAAUCUCCGGGACUCAAGACCUACUUCAAGACUCCAGAAGGUCGCUAUAAACUCCACUACGAGAAGACUCACCCUUCGGGUCUCCUUCACUACACCCAUGGCAAAACCGUCACUCAGGUUACCCUAGCACACCUCAAGGACAAGCCAUCUCCAUCAACUCCUACCGCACCGCCUCCAAGCUUCAGCGCUAGCAGUGGAGUACGAUCAGCUGCUGCACGGCUUCUGGGUGGCGGCAAUGGGAGCCGUGCACUUAGCUUUGUUGGAGGGAAUGGUGGGAGUAAGAGUGUUAGUGGGAAUAGUAGAGUUGGAUCAUUGGUGGCUUCAAGUUCAAGUAAUUCAGCAUCUACUUCGAAUUUUGAUGGGAAAGGGACUUUCUUGAUCUUUAAUGUGGGAGAUGCAAUCUUUAUAAGUGACUUGAAUUCUCAAGACAAGGAUCCCAUAAAGUCAAUACAUUUUAGUAAUUCAAACCCUGUUUGCCACGCAUUUGAUCAAGACGCAAAGGAUGGACAUGACUUGGUUAUUGGUUUGAAUUCCGGAGAUGUCUACUCAGUGUCACUGAGGCAACAGUUACAAGAUGUUGGAAAGAAGCUCGUUGGGGCCCAGCAUUACAAUAAAGAUGGUUCAGUUAAUUGCAGUCGGUGUACCAGUAUUGCAUGGGUGCCUGGUGGUGAUGGUGCUUUUAUAGUUGCUCAUGCCGAUGGCAACCAGUAUGUGUAUGAAAAGAGCAAAGAUGGUGCAGGUGAUUCUUCAUUCCCUGUCAUCAAAGAUCAAACUCAAUUUUCUGUUGCACAUGCUCGGUACAGCAAGAGUAACCCGAUUGCGAGAUGGCAUAUAUGCCAAGGUUCAAUUAAUAACAUUGCUUUCUCAACUGAUGGGACAUAUUUAGCUACUGUAGGGAGAGAUGGUUACCUACGAGUUUUUGACUACUCAAAAGAGCAACUUGUAUGUGGUGGCAAAAGUUAUUAUGGUGCUCUUUUAUGUUGUGCUUGGAGCAUUGAUGGAAAAUAUGUACUGACGGGAGGUGAAGAUGAUUUGGUUCAAGUUUGGAGCAUGGAAGAUCGUAAAGUUGUAGCAUGGGGUGAGGGGCACAACUCAUGGGUUAGUGGUGUGGCUUUUGAUUCUUAUUGGUCCUCUCCUAAUUCAGAUGGCACAGAAGAGACAGUCAUGUACCGGUUUGGUUCCGUUGGUCAGGACACACAGUUGCUCCUGUGGGACCUGGAAAUGGACGAGAUUGUAGUACCAUUGCGAAGACCUCCUGGUGGUUCCCCCACUUAUAGUACCGGAAGUCAGUCAUCUCAUUGGGACAGUGUUUGCCCCAUUGGCACUCUGCAACCUGCUCCCAGCAUGCGAGAUAUUCCAAAGAUCUCACCUUUGGUUGCACACCGUGUACACACUGAACCCCUUUCUGGCUUGAUUUUUACUCAAGAAUCUGUUCUCACUGUCUGCCGGGAGGGGCACAUAAAAAUUUGGAUGAGGCCCGGGGUUGCCGAUAACCAAUCAAACACGGCUGAAACCAUUUUAGGUACCAGCUUGAAGGAGAAACCACUAUUAUCAAGCAAGGUUGGCAUUUCAAGUUACAAGCAAUGACGGAAGUAUCAUUAAUGCAUCAUGCAGUCGUUCUUUAUCUAUUGCCCCAAUUUUUUUUUUUUCUCCCUUUUUUUUUUUUUCCUUCUAUUUUUUAUUUUCCAGACUUGCAGCCAUGAGGUUUAACCAAUUGGUGUUGUAUAGACUAAAAUGAUAUUGAAGGGCACUAGGAGGUGGUGGUGGGAGAGAGAACCCCAGUGUAAGUAUAAAACGGCGGUUGCUGGGAUAUAAUAUCUAAUUACUGACAGGAAUAAUUUGAAGUUGCUCCUUUGAAAUUUGUAUAUCUUAGCGGUGCGCUUAAGUGGUUAUAUUUGAAUCUCUUAGUGAUGCAAUUUUUUCCA